AUGGCGGCGCCCGCCCCGCCCGGGCUCUUCGACGCCCACUGCCACCUGCAGCUGCCGCGCCUGCUGCCGCAUGCCGCCGGCGCCGUCGCCGCCGCGCGCGCGGCUGGCGUGGUGCGGGCCGCCGUGUGCGGGUGCUCGCGCGGCGACUGGGGCGAGGUGGAAAAGCUUGCCACCGCCUUCCCCGAGUUCGUGGCCCCGCAGUUCGGGGUGCACCCGUGGUGGGCGGCGGAGCACGAGGGCCCAGGCGCCGCCGCGGCCGCGGAGGGCUGGGUCGAGAGGCUGGAGGCCUUCUUGAGGCGCCACCCCUCGGCGGGGGUUGGGGAGUGCGGCCUGGACAAGGCGAAGAAGAAGGAGAUCCCCAUGGACGUCCAGGUGUCGGUGCUGCGGCCGCAGCUGGAGCUCGCGCGCGAGCUGGCCAGGCCCGUGUCGCUACACUGCGUGGGCGCGCACGGCACGCUGCUGGAGGAGCUGGCUCGGGCGUUCGGCCCCGGCGGCCACGGGCCGGGGCUGGUGCUCCACUCGUAUUGCGGCAGCGCCGACAUGAUCGUGCCCUUCGCGAGGCUGAACUGCUUUUUCUCCUUCUCGGCCUCCUUCCUGCGGGUGCCCAAGCACGCGACCGCCCUGCGGGCGGCGCCGCGGGAGCGGCUGCUGCUGGAGACGGACAGCCCGGACCAGCUGCCCCCGGGGCUGUGUGGCGUGUGCGGGGUCGACGCCCCCCCGCCGCCAGAGCGGGAGCCCGCGAGCGGCGUGCGGCGCGACAGCGGCGGGGAGCCGUUGAACGAGCCCGCGCACCUGCCGGUGAUCGCCGCGGGGGCCGCCCGGGAACUCGGAGUGCCUCCGCGCGAACUCGUGUCCCUCACCGCCGCCAACACGGCCCGCGUCUUCGGCUGGCAGCGGGGCGACGCCGAGACGGCCUGGCAGCGGGCCUCCGAGGAUGGCGACAGCGGGCCCGCGUGGGUCUCGCCGGCGGGGUCGCCGGCGGGGUCACCAGAAGCGUUCCAGUCAGACCCUCGCCUUCGAGGAUCGACGGGAUGGCAUCUCCUCCCGGCGAGCCUACGUGGCCGAAUGUCGCGGCCAGAGCCAGACAAAGCUAUCGGACUAAUUUCAUGCUGUUGCCCCAGCCGUUGUGGAAACACUGUGGGGAACACGUGUGGGCGACAGAAGAAGAGGAUGAAAGCAAAUGCGAACGUCCUCCAAAAGCCGAAUGGAAUCAAAUGCAGCAGCGUGGAAUGGGGAUUCGGCGCAGAUCCGCGGGCAGCGCCCGACGGCCGCGAGCAGGACCUCCACUUGGCGAGCUGAAGUAUGUCGCCUGAUUGCGGUUGCCGUUGCGAUUGCGCCCGCGGGCGGGUUGAAUUGUGUCGCCUGGUUGCGGCUGCGGUUGCGGUUGCGGUUGUGCCCGCGGGCG